UUGCACAACAGAAGACCACACCUCAUAAUUUUGCCAGCGAAAGAGUAGUGUUUCUGGGCAAAAUUUUUCUGCUUAACAGAGAGAGGAGAUGAAGCAAAAGGUAGUGAUCAAGGUCAGCUUCAAUGGUGAAAAGAAGUCCAGGACCAAAGUUAUGCAGGCUGCAGUUGGUGCACCAGGUGUUGAAUCAAUAGCUUUUGGAGGUGAAGACAAUGAUCAAAUUGUUGUAAUUGGUGAUAGCUUAGAUUCAGUUAACUUGACAUGUUUACUAAGGAAGAAAGUCAAGUUUGCUGAACUUUUAAGCGUCUCAUCCGUGGACGAGAAAAAGGAGGAGGAGAAGAUGACUGAACCUGGAGUGCAGCCAAUGGUUUGGCCAACUUAUCAAGCUGGUGUGCCACAGUAUUAUUACACAAUUGUUCGAGAUAACCGUGAUGAAACUUGCAGUAUCAUGUGAAGCUCAUGGAAAACCAACCAACCACAAGGACUACUCAUAUUUGUGAUACAAAUCUCAUUUUGCAGGAAGGGGAUUAAUGAACUUGUGCCCGGUAGAAUCUAAAAUAGUUUAAUUAUUGUAUUGUAUUAUGUUAAAUUUAGAUAUGCAGUUCCAAUUUUGCUUGUUUGAAGAAUAUAAAUUUUGUUGAAGAUGAAGCUAUAAUUUAAUGACCUACCAGGAACAAGGACUCAUGCAUCUUUCCUUAUUUUUCCCUAUAGAUUGAAAACUGAAAGUAUGAUGUUAGAGUCAUUAGUUAUGAGA